AUGAGUAAGCGUCGCAGUUUGGGCAGAACGGAUCUCUCUUGGGAUUGCAUGAAGGGGACCGCCCGAUCGGAUACAGAUGAGUACGAUAUUGCUCAGACAGGGCUGCUGCUCGUGGGCACUGGUCUGUCGUCCUCCCCACUGCAGGGCAAGUCCAUGCCCAUUGGUAACUCGACUUUCUCGACGUACAACACGCUGUCAGAUCUCUCGUUGAUGUCGUCACAGACAAGUGGUGAAGCAUUGCCGCCAGUGGUGGAGUACAACGCGAAGAAAGUACCGGAUGAGAGGAUCGUGGAUACCUUAUUUGAUCAGUUCUUGCAAAGUGGUGUCUUCUUCUGGGGUACCGCGGAACAGAAUCUGAGGGAUAUACCACUUGCCAGGAAAUGGGAACUGAUCUGCAACGACCAUAAUUUCAACAAAACUGCCAAGACAGGUAAUGACGAGAAGACAUCAGGGAACAAACUCCGUAAGCUGCUGGCAGGCUGGACCAAUCUAACAGAUCAACAAUUGACCCAACGGCUGCACCAGUUAGAGAAACUGCUGCGACAAAGUGCGGAUCGUUUGGAAUUCGUUCAACUCCCUGGAGUCUCUCAGUUGCUGUCGCUGACGCCAAGAAUAAACGCUUUGAAUCAUUAUGUGUUUUUGAAAUGCUUUGCCGCUGUGAUAGUGGAGGACAAAGUCGCGGAUGAACUCGUACACGACGAGCGCUUCCUCAAUUUCUUAAGGGACACAAUGAUCGGUGAAGAUCAAUCGCUUCGGAACAAACUACAAUCGUGUAAAAUAUUGUUGAUGUUGGCAUACCAAGACGAUUCAUGCGGGCAUGAAAUAGUUUGGAAGUUGAUCAGUCCAAUACAGACGUCCUGGAUAGACGAAUUGACCAAUAUUGCACAAAAUCCAGUUUCUCAUGCACAAGCGCAUAUCCAGGGGAGAGUAUUGUACAUUACUGCUGCAAAACCCAUGGACCUCGUAUACGAUCAUCUUUCUACGUGUCUUUGUCUUCUAAACUCGAUCCUGGAAGCCUCGGUAGCUCUCAAUGUCAAAUACAACAUACUAAAGUCACUCAAGGAUGCAGGGAUCCAUAAUUUUUUUUACAGCCUAGAUGCUAUCGAUUCACCUUUGGUAUUUAACCAGGUCAAAAUAUACAAAGAGAAGGAGGAACAAGCAUUGACUAAGAUUAACGCCACUAAAAAUGGACCAUUCUUGCCAAACCUGGUGUACGGCACCACAUUGAUGUUGCUUAUAGAAAAAUCUACUGGGACGCCCUUAGAGGUUUCCAUGGGACAGUUAUUUCAGUGUCUACUUGACAUUUUGGAAAAUAGGGCAUAUUCUGAAUCUCUACGACUGUUCAAUGCCAUCAUUGUAUUACUAACAUUCUUUAUCAAUAAAUUUACUGACAGCACCCGAAAUGCAACACUGCCGCGUAUCACUGACGACUCGUUGAAGCCCAUGUUUAACGAAUCAUUCGAAAAUCUGAUGGACAGUUUGCAAUCAGACGAGGUAGCUGCAAGGGCUAUGGAUCAAUUAGAGGAAUCGGAAAAGAAGGUCUCGCAGUUGACUGAUAAACUAAAGAAAAUCCAAAGGCAAACAAACGUGGAGAGGGGUAGAACCCACAAGGAGGAAGACGUCUUUGAAGAAUUGGAGCAGGUUAAAGUUAUGUUAGAUGAGAAGGAGAUUGAACUCGGGGCAUUAACACUCCAAAAUAAAAGGCUCGAAGAACAACUUAAGGAAAAGACAAAAAAAUACGACCAAACUAUUGCACAUCAAACGCUAUAUCCAGAAAAAAAUACAAGACGGGGUAUCAAUCUCUUCGAACAUAUAAAACCAUCGCAAGCCCACUUAAAGCGGACCGGGUUCCAAAAAGGUUCCAGAAAGGUCUCUUUGAAAUCGAGUAGAAGAAUAAACGCGCUUUCGUCGUUACUGGAAAGUGACGACGACAAUGGAAAACAGGACAAUUCCAAUAUAAAGGGGUCUGUGUUCUGUGACUCGGCGUCAUCCCUGGGUAAUAUUUCAGACAAUGAUCCUGGUGUAUCCGACGAAAGUAGUAUAGCUUUGUCUCGCUUUGCCUCUUCUACAAGCAUAGACAAUAAUAUUCCAACCCGGUCGUCCUCUAAUAUUCAAACGUCUUUGGGGCAGGAUGAAAAACCUAUAACGUCUGCUUAUAUUUACUCCCAUGCUGCGUCAAAUACAGCUCAUAAACAACCUUCUAUGCAUUCUGAUGCUACAUUUACUGGCGUGUCUGGUCACAUACUGGACUCUAACCAUUCUUCAAAUAUUUCAUUGGUUGGUGGAGAGUUGUUAGAUAGAAACAAUGGCACUCCUUCCACUUUUACAAAGGAGGUGGCACCGCCUCCACCACCUCCUCUCCCUCCCUUUCCAAUGUCUACAAACUUGCCCGUUAACGCAAGUACUGAAUCUCUACCUCCACCUCCUCCACCUCCUUUGCCUCCUGGCUUAAAGGCCAAUGCCAUGGAUAACGGAAUAAUGAUACCUCCACCUCCACCUCCACUUCCACCAGUAAUGGGACCCGCAUCAAGCAACUUUUCAAAUGAUGAUACGGUACUCAACGUUGUAGACAAGUCUAAUGUUACAGGUGGAAUUGCGAAGCCAGUCAAAAAAUUGAAGCAGAUUCAUUGGGAUAAAGUUGAAGAUAUUGAGGAUACGAUAUGGCACAAUGAGGAAAUUAGGAGGGACACAUUGAAGCAUCUACAACAUGAUGGUGUACUAAAGGAGAUCGAAAGUACUUUCAAAAUUAAAGAGGCAGGCCCUAUUGCGAAAAAGAGUUGUGCAACCGAGGGGAGCGCUUCCAAAAAAUCUGUUUCGUUUCUCUCUCGAGACUUAGCCCAAGCAUUCGGUAUUAACCUACACAUGUUUUCGAAUCUCUCAGUGGACGAAUUUGUGAAGAAAGUACUAGGCUGUGACAAUGACAUUAUUAAGAAUGUCCCCGUACUAGAAUUCUUCAACAGAGAAGAGCUCGGAGCAAUAUCGUCCAGUACAUUGAGAAAGUAUGCCCCUUAUUGCGUGCAGUAUUUCCCUGAACCGGAUGCAAGCAACCAUACAACGUUCGAGCCUUUGCCACCAUUGGAAAGAGGUGAUGAGAUAUUUCUAAAACUGUGUUACGUGUUACGUGACUACUGGUCCGUCAGGUCUCAUUGCCUUCUAGUCGUUUGCACGUACGAAAAAGACUACUACGAUAUUGUUUACAAGUUGCAAAAACUGGAGGAUGCCAUGCGUAGAUUGAAAGAGUCAACUGCUUUACAGAAUUUUCUGUACAUCAUUAUAGAGAUUGGGAAUUACAUGAACACUAAAGCCGCUUCUGGGGUAAAGAUCAGUUCGUUGAAUAAGCUGGUUUUCAUCAAGUCUAGCGAUAAUAAAAACCUGUCUUUUUUGCAUUAUAUUGAGAGGUUGAUUAGGACGAAGUACCCAGACAUAUACAGAUUCGUGCACGAUUUGAAGACUGUGGAAGAUCUGGGGAAGCUUACCUUGGACCAGUUAGAGCUAGAAUGCAGUGAAUACAUCGGCAAGAUUCGUAAAAUGGGGCAUGCGGUAAAGAAGGGACCGUUAUCUGAUCCAGCGAAACUGUAUCCCGGUGAUAUGGUUUUGAAGAAAAUUAGGUUUAAAGCGCAGAGGGCCAAUUCGAAAGCCCAGCUACUAGAGAGUCAAAUGAAGCUAUCCUCUAACGACAUGAACCAGUUGAUGAAGUACUACGGUGAGGACCCGAAGGAUGCCACGACUAAGAACCACUUCUUCACGAGUUUCGCCGAAUUUCUUCAACUGUUCAAGAAGUGUUCUAGGGAGAAUAUUGAAAGAGAGGAGAUGGACAGAGUAUACGAGCAGCGUCGCAAGCUGCUAGAGGACAAGCAGAGUAGUCGCUCGAAAAGCGGCAAAGGGAAUUCCGCGGCGGCAGACGCCGCGGGCGGUAACGAAGACGACGACGAGAACGAAGAUGAGGAGGACGCCGUGGAUAAACUACUGGACAAGCUCCGUGAGGUGGCGAAGCCCGUGGGCAAACCGAGAGAGAGGCGCACGGACGACGCUGAGAGCAAAAGCGACAGUUCUGCUCUGUUUGAGCGGACGCAGGCGAUGCUCAGCGAGAUCCAGAACAUAUAG